AUGCAGACUGCGCAGACUAUUCAGACGAAGCAUUUUGUGGGAGUUUUGAAUGCCCUGCUGGGAGAUUUAAAUGCCCUACAGGUUGACUGUCCUGACAGUUCCGAUGAAAAGAACUGUUACAACCUUAGCUGCAGCAAGGAUCAGUGGCAAUGUGCCGAUAAAGACAGAUGCAUUGCUAAUUCUAACGUAUGUGACGGCUUCCAUGACUGCUUUGAUCACAGUGACGAAAUAGCUUGCUCUUGUGCAGACUCUCAGUUUCAUUGCACUAACGGCUUAUGCAUACCAAGUUUUUAUACCUGUGACGGAGACAAUGACUGUGGAGAUAAGAGUGACGAGCUCAACUACGAAGCUUUUUGUGGCAGUUUUGCAUGUCCCGCCGGGAGAUUUAAGUGUGCCACUUCUAACGAAUGUAUUCAGUCUUUCUUUGUCUGCGACGGACUGGAAGACUGUAAAGACAAGUCCGACGAAAACAAUUGUUACAACACUACUUGCCUCAUCAGCGGUCACUGGAAUUGCGCCGACAAGAGUAAGUGUAUACUCGGUUCCUAUGUGUGUGACGGCUUCAUCGAUUGCGCAGAUGGCAGUGAUGAGAUGCCUUGCUCCUGUUUAAGCUCUCAGUUUAAAUGCACCAACGGACUAUGCAUACCAACGAAUUAUCAGUGCGACGAGGACGAUGACUGUGGAGAUACCAGUGACGAGCUGAACUGCCCAGCACUUCCAAGUAAUGUCUGUCGGGACGUCUUGACCUACAAUGAUUGUUUCCACAUGAACGAAACGACACAUCCAAUCUGCUUAGUUUACUCCGACGGGGAUAAAUUCUGUCGCAAAUUCUGCGGAUUUUGCAUUGUUUUGCUGUUCUCCAGCAAUCAUCAGGAAAGAUUGGCCAUGUUCAGAGACCUUUUCAUUACCGCCUUCUUGGCACUGGCAAUUCUUGUUGCUACCACAGACUGUGAGGAGAAAUCAAAACUGAAAAGAAAACGGGACAAAUCUAACUGCCACAGCCUUACAUGCAGCAGCGGUCAAUGGCAAUGUGCCGACCAAGACAGAUGUGUUCCUAAUUCCUUCGUAUGUGACGGCUACAGUGACUGCUCAGAUCACAGUGACGAACGGGUUUGCUCGUGCUCUGGCACUCAGUUUAAAUGCACUGACGGAUUAUGCAUACCACGUGGAUAUGCAUGUGACGGAGACAAUGACUGUGGAGAUAAGAGUGACGAGCUCAACU